CUCUACUGCAAGAAAAAGGUGCUUAUUCACAAUAUAUUGACAGAACACAAAUGGAAACUGAAAGCAAAGAUGUUAAGGCAAAAGAGGAUGACACUGAAACAAAUGGCGAUAAAAUUAAAUCGCCCAUAAUAGUUGAAGUCACUGACUUUGAACAACAACAAUUAGAUAAAGAUUCUGCUAUAUCACCACAGAUUGUUGAAAUGCCAGAUGAGACUGUUGCAUUGGCACAUGUAAAGGAUAUAACAGAAGAACCCCCAGUGGAAAUAAUAGAGCUCAAAGAUGAAGAGGAGCCAGAAAGCGAACAGAGUGAAGCAAGGAUAAUUGAUUCUGAAAAAGUAAGAACCGAUUUGCAACUGCUGCUACAAAAGGAUACUACAGAAGAGUAUAAAGCUGUAGCACCAACAUCGACUGCGGAACAUGACAUACUAUCAUAUCCGCCUACACCCAUGUCAUCUCCAGCUCUAUCAAGAACAGAACUCUAUGAAGAUGAUAUAGAACCUGCUCCUCCAGCGUAUACAGAGGAAGUCAAAGAAGAACCUAUACACCUAGAAGAGACCAUUGAAAUUACAGAAAAACCUGCUCCAGUAUGCGCAAUUCAAGUCCGAGAGCCAGAAAUACUUGUAGUUGAAGUCACAGAAGGACCACCUUCGGAAACAUCUAUGAGCGAGACAGUUGAAGAGCCUGCUACAGAAAUAGUUUUAACUGAGAUCACUGAAGAGCCUAUUACAGAAAUAUUUUUAGCUGAGAUCACAGAAGGGCCUGCUGCAGACAUAGUUUUAACUGAGAUGGUUGAAGAGCCUGCUGCAGAAAUAGUUUUAGCUGAGACGGUUGAAGAGCCUGCUGAGGAAAUAGUUUUAACUGAGACGGUUGAAGAGCCUGCAGCGGAAAUAGUUUUAACUGAGAUCACAGAAGAGCCUGCUACAGAAAUAUUUUUAGCUGAGAUCACAGAAGGGCCUGCUGCAGACAUAGUUUUAACUAAGAUCACAGAAGAGCCUGAUGAGGAAAUAGUUUUAACUGAGACGGUUGAAGAGCCUGCUGCGGAAAUAGUUUUAACUGAGACGAUUGAAGAGCCUGUUGCGGAAGUGUUCGUAGCUGAGGUCAUCGAAGAGCCUCCUCUACCAGACAUUGUAACUGAAGCCGUUAAAGAAUUAUCUUCACCAGAAAUCAUUCUUGAGACAGUAGAAGAUAUUACACCUGAGCCCGUUGAAGAGCCCGAAAUUAUUCCUGAAACAGAAGAGCCCGCCCCACCAGAAAUACUUGAGGUUGUUGAAGUUCCACCUUCACUAGAAAUUAUUCCCGAGACAGUGGAAGAGCCAUCCAUUGAAGAAAUUACACCUGAGGUCGUUGAAGAGCCAGAAUUUGUACUCCGGAAAGAGAUGGUUUUGCCUGUAUCUGUAGUUGAGGAGGAAGAAAAGCCCACUCUACUAGAAUCAGUACCUGAGGCCGUAGAAGAAACUGCUCCACCAGAAUCUGUACCUGAGAUUGUGGAAGAAGUGGUUCGAACAGACAUUUUAGCCGAAACAGUGGAAGAACCCGCCCCACCAGAAAUAAUAAUUGAAGCCGUAAAAGAACUUCCUCCACCAGAAAUUAUAGUUGAAGCCGUGCAAGAACCCGCCCAACCAGAAAUAAUAAUUGAAGCCGUAAAAGAACUUCCUCCACCUGUAAUUAUACUUGAAGCUGUACAAGAACCCGCCCAACCAGAAAUAAUACUUGAAGCCAUACAAGAGCCUGCUCCAACAGUAUUUACAGCGGAAAUAAAAGAAGUACCUGCGCCACCGGUAUACAUAACUGAGGUCACAGAAGCUGUUGAGCCAUUCGUAUGUGUGGCUGAGGUUAUGGAAGAGCCUGCUCGCUCAGUAUGUAUAGCUCAGGUCGUUGAAGGGCCUCCUAUAUCCGUGUGUAUUGAUCAGGUGAAAGAACCUCUUCCGAAGGUAAUACAGAUAACAGAAAACUUGACUCCACCACCACCAACAACAUUUGAACUAAGUGAAGACUCUCAUUCAUCAGUUAUGGUUUAUGAUAGUGACGAUGAAUUUGAAAUACUUAUAACAAUCACUGGACUCACCCAUUACUGUUGUCUACAAAACUUUAAUAUUGAGAUCUCAGAAGAAAUUGACACACCAUUAUGCAGAGUAGAGUUCGCAGAUUGUACUGGUAAGUCAGUUAGAUCUUAUGACAUCAUGGAAACAACUAUGACACCAUGCACCUCCACUCAAAUUAUAAAUACUUCUUGUCCAUCUGUGUGUACACCUGGCUGCGUACGUUUCCCUACACAUGUAACGCACCCUGUAAAAACAGUUUAUAUAUACGAGUAAGGUGAGAAAGUAUUGCGCUCGUGUAAGCCCACAAAUGGAUCUCCAAGUCUGAGCAAAUAAUAAAUAUAUUUGGUUUGAUUGUAAA